UAAUGUUUAAGCUUUUAGUACCACCUCUUUUGUCCGCACACAUUAGCCAGUCUCCCUGUGUGUGCUAAACCAGGAGUGAGUCACCCGAGAGAUUGAAGAGAGUGAACUGUGUGGGCCUGCUGGACAGUUGCAGCUCAAAAAUCCCAUGAGAAAGUGCCAUCUCUACAUGACCAGAGAGUUGGGGUCAAGCUUCUCUUUGUCUCGCUGUGGUAAAGAUUCGGCGAUUACAUUUUUACCAAUGAAUUCCCAAAAUCAGCCCACAGCAUGAAAUCCUUCAAGAAACAAGACCACGAGGGAGUGGUCAGGUCCUCCACCAUUAAAGAUCCACCAGUUCCUGUAUGGGUUACUCACACACCCACACCGGAUAAUAUCACCGAUGAUGGCGAGGAUGAUGCGACCUCCACAGGUCGCACAUCCAGUUCUCCACCUUAUGCUGAGCAAGAGAAGGAAAAAAAAGGAAGCCUGAAGGACAGAUUGAAAUCCCUCAUCCCUCAGUCAUGGGGCAAAAAAUGGACAAAAGAAAGCGACUCUGAAGCCAGCACAACUGGUAUUCAGAUCCUACCUAAUGGGACCAGAGUGAGCCCCCCGGUAAGUCCCUUGGUGGAGCGUCGGAACUGGAAUGAAUCUCUGGGAAGCUCCAGUCACAGCUCACAUAAGCCUUUGAUAAGAGAGAGUCCCACUGACGGUCUCUUUGGUCAUGUCCCAGUAGAGGAGUCACUACUGUCCAGCAUCCACCCUGCAGAGUAUUACGCUGAGAAGGUGGAGGUCUACAAGCAGAAGUACUCAUAUUUGAAAUCAUGGCCAGGAUUGCUCAGGCUUCUAGCUGGACUUCAGCUCCUGUUUGGAGGAAUGGUUUUUGCGUGUGUCAUUGCUUACAUUCAGAAAGACAGUGAAUGGUCCAACAGCUACGGACUCUAUAAUGGUGUAUACAACAAUGGGAUGGGCCUGUCUGGGUACAGCUACAGAGGUCCUAUGACUCCUUUCAUUCUAGCUGUAGCUGGAAUCUCAUGGAUCCUUACUCUGUGUCUCCUGGUGGUGGGAAUGACAAUGUACUAUCGCACUAUACUUCUCGACUCCUCGUGGUGGCCCCUGACAGAGGCCUUCAUCAACGUGGCUCUGUUCCUGUUCUACAUGGCAGCAGGGAUAGUUUACCUGAACGACUUGAAUCGCGGGGGGCUGUGCUACACAACAAUAGGUAUUAACCCCAUCGUCGCGAAUCUGUGUCGGGUUGAUGGUGGCCAGAUGGCAGGAACAGCUUUCAUCUUCAUCAACAUGGCCCUGUAUCUAGGAAGCUUCCUGGUAUGUCUGAAGAUGUGGAGGCAUGAAGCUGCACGUAGAGAGAGGCAGUAUUUUGAGAACCAGCCUCAGGAGGAGCUUCAGCAGUCCAUCCCACUCAAACCGGUAACAAAAAAACGCAUAUCAUUCAGGGAUGAUGAAGCUGAUAAAGCGCUGAGUAAAGAUUAUAACAAUCGGGAUAAUCUCCUACAUGAGGUCCAAAAGAAUCCAGUCAACCUGAACCCCAAAGUGCACAUCAUUGCAGACUACAUCAUCAAGUAUCCAGAGAUCAGCUGUGUGGAGGAAAGGGAAAAGUACAAAGCAGUUUUCAAUGAUCAGUAUCAGGAAUACAAAGACCUUCACAGAGACAUCAGUGCUACUCUGAGUAAGUUCAGAGAGCUGGAUCUCAUGAUGGAACGACUCCCCAGAGAGACAAAUAGCAAAGAGGACCAACACAGGAUUCAAAGUAUUGUAAAGAAGUAUCACCAGAAACGGAAUGACCCUACUUUCCUAGAGAAAAAGGAACGCUGUGACUACUUGAAAGCCAAGUUGUGCCACAUUAAAAACAGAAUCCGUGUUUAUGACCAGGAGACCAUGGCAGAUGGUCAGACAUGAAGAAGUUCAGAAAGAAGUGUCCGCAGCAACUGAUGAACUGAUGAAAUAAAAACACUUUUUAAAAUCUCCGCUUCUGUUUUGUGUGACAGACAAUAUUCUUCCUUCUGGAAAAGUCUGAUUGUUGCACAUCAUUGUAUUUUCAUGUAAAAUUAGAUCAAUGUUUACACAAAUUCUGGUUUGUGACAUGAUUAUACUACUUGGCCUACAACAUUAUAAGAGAUGCUUCUUCUGUAGAGCUUUGACUUGACGGUUUUGUGUUUCUAAA